ACAAACUGCAAUAAAUGAAUUAAUUAAAUAAAUUAAAAAAGUAAAGAAACGAUAAAGCAUUCACUUACUCUAACUUCCCCCAAAUCCUCCGAAGAAAAACAGAGAAAAAAAAAUUAUUGUCGUCAUUAUCGGUAAAACAGUCGAUAGAGAGACAGCAUGGAGAAAGCAAAGCAGCAUUAUAACCCUAAUCCGAUGAUGAAAGCUAAUUUUAUUUCAAAGUUGUUCUUCUGGUGGCUUAACCCCUUACUUUCUCUUGGAUACAAAAAGACACUAAACCAAGAAGACUUGUUUAAUGUUCUCAAUGAUGACAGUUCUGAUAUUUUAAGAGAAAGACUUACAAGUGAAUGGGAAAAAGAAAUGUUGAAACUAAAGCACUCAGGAAAACCUAGUUUAAGCUGGGCUAUUUUUAGAACUGUAUAUAAAAAAUAUUUCCUCUGGCUGUGUGUGGUUUCCUUUGAUGAACUUAGUAGAGUGAUCCAACCUCUACUGUUAGGGAAGCUGGUUUCAUACUUCACUCCCGACAGCCAGAUGACUACACAGCAAGCUUAUCUUUAUGGAAUGGGAGUUGUAAUUUGUAUUUUAUUAAGUUGUCUCUGCAACCAUAUUUUCUUCUUUAAUGUCCAACGAUUGGGAAUGCAAAUACGCAUUGCCUGCUGUUCUCUGAUGUAUAAAAAGAUGUUGAUUCUUGAUAAUGCAUCUUUUAACAAAACAACAACUGGUCAGAUUGUUAAUCUUAUGUCAAAUGAUGUGAACAGAUUUGAUCAAGUUUUACUUUAUACUCAUUUCUUCAUUAUUGGACCACCACAGACUGUUGCCAUCAUAAUCAUUCUAUGGUAUAUUCUUGGACCUGUUUGCUUGCUUGGAUUCCUUGUUCUUAUAGUUAUCAUUCCACUUCAAGUUUGGAUGGGGAAACUGGUCUCGAAAUACAGGUGUAAAACAGCUAUCUUCACUGAUCAGAGGAUGGCUCUGAUGAAUGAGAUAAUUGCAGGAAUGAGAAUUCUGAAAUUGUAUUGUUGGGAAAUACCCUACGGAAAAUUGGUCAGAGACGUUCGAAGCCAUGAACUUCAUUCACAGUGGCUAACGAGCUGCCUUGAUUCAAUCUACUCAGCUAGCUGGGCUGUCUAUUAUCUCAUCAUUUACGUUAUAUUCGUGACUGCUUCCGCCUUUGGAAUCCUCUUGCUCCCUGAAUUCGUUUUCCCAUGUAUUGCAUUGGUAAACAAGGUGACCCGUAUCAUGGUCUAUUUCAUGUUUAAAGCAUUAAAAACUACUUAUGCUGCUUUGACCAGUGCGCGUCGAAUUCAGGAUUUUCUUGUUCUUGAAGAACUUCCAACUGUACCAGCCAUCACCAAUGAAUGUUCUGACAACCAGGCUCCAAGUAUUGUUAUGAACAAUGUAUGUGCUAACUGGAACAAAGAUUCAAACUCAAACAACAUGAUCCUGAAUGAUAUUUCCUUUUCUUUAAAUGACAAUCAGUUGUUAGCAGUUGUGGGUCCAGUUGGAGCUGGAAAGUCUUCACUUCUAAUGUGUAUAUUACAUGAGCUACCUGUUUUAUCAGGGAAGUUAACAGUAAAUGGAACAGUUGGAUAUGUUGCUCAAAAACCAUGGGUGUUCUCAGCAUCACUCAGACAGAACAUAGUUUUUGGGAAGAAAUAUGAAGAGAAAAGAUAUAAAGAAAUUCUCAAAGCCUGUGCUCUUGAAAAGGAUUUGUCCAUCUUACCAAAUGGUGACUUCACAUUGGUUGGUGAAAGAGGUAUUACUUUAAGUGGUGGCCAAAGAGCUCGUGUAAGUUUGGCACGAGCUCUUUAUAUGGAUGCUGAUAUUUAUAUUUUGGAUGAUCCAUUAAGCGCUGUAGAUACUAAUGUUGGCAGACACAUUUUCAAUAAUUGCAUCAAUCAAUACUUAAAAGACAAACCACGUAUUUUAGUGACCCAUCAAUUACAGUUUUUGCCAGACGCUGACCACAUUAUAAUCCUUGACCAGGGAAAGCUUGUUGGAGAAGGUUCCUUUGAUAAGCUCUUGGAAUCAGGAAUCAAUUUUGCUGCAUUGCUGAAUAAGAAUGAUAAAGGAGAAGAAUCUGAAAAUGUAUCAAAGUCUCUUUCUCACAUUGAUUUAAGGGAAACUUCAACAUCUAUGACAGACCUCUCAAACAGGAUUGGUUCCAUGUUGUCUUUGUGCUCAAUUGGGAAUGAAAUUGAACCUGAGCCUGUACAAAUCAAGGCAGAAACAUCUGAAACUGGACAUGUCAAAUUUAAUGUUUAUUACGAAUAUCUAAAAGCUGGAGCACAUUUUAUCUUUGGGCUAUUUACUUUUAGUGCAUUCAUCAUCUCGAUUCUAUUCUGUGUUGCCACAGACUUUUGGAUAGCCAUGUGGUCCAACAAGGAACAACUACGCUAUGUUGCUUUACAAAGGCACAAUGAACUGUUAGACGAGGGUUAUAAUAAUACAAAUGUUACAAUUUUAACAAUUGAUUUUAAACAAAACCUUUACAUUUAUUCAGCACUCACUUUAGGAAUAUUUGUAUUUAGUCUCUUGAAAGCUUUCAUGUUCUAUUGGAGCUGCAUUCAAUCUUCAAUAACCCUACAUAAUUCUAUGUAUGACAGCUUAAUGCGUGCUAAAAUAGCCUUUUUUGAUGAAAACCCUGUUGGUCGUGUUCUAAAUCGCUUUUCCAAAGACAUGGGUCUCAUUGAUGAUGUUCUACCAAGUAGUAUUGUAGACUUCCUACAGUGUUUUUUCUUGACAUUGAGUGUUAUAUUUGUGACCGGAUCGACCAAUCCAUAUGUUUUCAUAGCAGCCUUUAUCAUAUUAGUGCUUUUUGUUUUUCUAAGACAAUACUAUAUUCAAACAUCAAGAAGUCUUAAAAGACUAGAAACUGUAGCUCGCAGCCCAGUUUUCUCACAUAUAAGCUCUUCUAUUGAAGGGCUUAACACAAUUAGAGCUUUUAAAUCACAAGAGCAAUUUCUGACAGAUUUUGAUGAUUUUCAAGAUAUUCAUACAGAGGCUUGGUUUCUCUUCAUUGCUACUACAAGAUGGUUGUCAGUUCGACUUGAUCUUCUUUGUACUCUCUUUAUAUUGGUUGUGGUCUUUGCGAGUAUCCCUUUGUCUGACAGAUUAGAUGCUGGAACUGUUGGUUUGUCUGUGAGUUAUUCUUUUGUAUUAACUGGUAUGUUCCAGUGGUUCAUAAGACAGACAGUUGAGGUUGAAAACAACAUUGUAGCUGUUGAACGUGUUAUUGAAUAUUCUAAAUUACCAACAGAAGCUAGCUUAGACUCAGAGCCUUCUCAGAAACCACCUGAUGACUGGCCCCAAAGAGGUGUUAUUUCAGCUCGAAAUUUAUCAUUGAAGUAUUCAGAAAAUACAAAUGUAGUUUUGAAACAUCUUGACUUUAAGAUUGAACCUCAAGAAAAGAUUGGAAUUGUUGGUCGAACUGGUGCUGGAAAAAGCUCUCUUAUCAAUGUUCUUUUCCGAUUGGUGGAACCAGAAGGAGAGAUAACUAUUGAUGAUAUACACAUCUGUAAUAUUGGAUUACAUGAUUUGAGAUGUAAACUGUCUAUUAUUCCUCAGGAUCCAGUUUUAUUCAAAGGAACUUUGAAGCAAAACCUUGAUCCAUUUAAUGAAUAUGAUGAUCAUGAUUUAUGGAAAUCUCUUGAAGAUGUUCAGCUGAAAUCUAUGGUUGAUGAUAGUGCUGAAGGUCUAGAUUUUGAAAUUUGUGAAGGAGGAAGUAACUUAAGUGUUGGCCAAAGGCAGUUGGUAUGUCUGGCAAGAGCAGUCCUCCGAGAGAACAAAAUACUAAUUAUUGAUGAAGCAACUGCUAAUGUAGACUUAAGAACUGAUGCGCUGAUUCAAAAUACAAUUCGAGAUAAAUUCAGGCAAUGUACUGUGUUGACAAUUGCACAUCGGCUUGUCACCAUCAUGGAUUCUGAUCGAGUUAUGGUCUUGGAAGAAGGACGCAUUGUGCAAUUUGACAUGCCAUAUAACCUUAUCAAGUCUAAAGAGGGAUAUUUCUACAACAUGGUUCAACAGACUGGACCUUCUGAAGUAGAUCAUUUAACAACAAUAGCUGAAAGUGCCAUGAAUAAAAAAAAUGAGGAAAUAUCAACUUCAAAUAACAUUCACAAGCGUUUUAAAUCUGACGAAAUAAACGGAAGUGUUGCAUCAAUUACUAUUUAAAUAGUAUAGGUAAACUGAAGAACAUUACAAAACCAAAGCAAACUCUCAACACUCCUAUGCAACUCCUGCAAAAAAAAAUAAUAAAUAAAAAAAAAAAGAAAUGAAGAAAUG